UUUGGUUCCGGAGCAGAUCACUAGCCGUACGCCAUAUUUUUUUGCGCUCUUAACACGACAACACCAUUACAAGAAUUGCAUGCGCAAUUCGUACGCAGUGCUUUGUUAUUUCUUCGGAAAGAACUGUUACUGCAGUGUGACGCGAGAAUAAGACAAUCGAUUGUGUUUAAGUAUAGAUAGGGUGACGCGAUUUACGAGUGAGUUACGUUUUCCAUGUUCGUCAUGCAGACGCAAGGUAUCAACAAUCAAUCGCACGGCACGCCGACAAAUCAAGUGAUCAUAAAAAUGAACGAAGCACCGCAACUGACGUCACUAGGGCUCCUUGAAUUGGCACAUAGAGAAUAUCAGGCUGGUGACUACGAGAACGGCGAGCGGCAUUGUAUGCAGUUGUGGAGGCAGGACUCAACCAACACAGGAGUGUUGUUGCUGCUCUCCAGUAUUCACUUUCAAUGCAGACGCCUGGAAAAAUCAGCACAUUUCAGCACACUGGCUAUUAAACAGAAUCCGCUUCUUGCUGAAGCAUAUAGUAAUCUUGGAAAUGUAUAUAAGGAACAAGGACAGCUUCCCGACGCUCUCGCGAACUACAAACACGCUGUCCGCUUGAAACCUGACUUCAUUGAUGGAUAUAUCAACUUGGCGGCGGCGUUGGUUGCAGCUGGCGACAUGGAGCAGGCUGUGCAAGCAUAUAUUACUGCACUACAAUAUAAUCCAGAUCUUUACUGCGUGCGCAGUGACCUGGGUAAUCUUCUUAAAGCGUUAGGACGCUUAGACGAAGCCAAGGCGUGUUACUUGAAGGCGAUCGAGACGCGAAAUGAUUUCGCCGUCGCCUGGAGCAAUCUGGGGUGCGUGUUCAAUGCACAGGGUGAAAUCUGGCUGGCGAUUCAUCACUUUGAGAAGGCGGUUGGUCUGGAUCCCAAUUUUCUCGACGCCUACAUCAAUCUUGGCAACGUUCUCAAGGAGGCGCGGAUUUUUGAUCGAGCGGUAGCGGCGUAUCUACGCGCGCUGAACCUCUCGCCGAAUAAUGCGGUCGUGCACGGAAAUCUCGCGUGCGUCUACUACGAGCAGGGCCUCAUCGACCUGGCGAUCGACACCUAUAGGCGUGCCAUUGAGCUGCAGCCCAACUUCCCCGAUGCUUACUGCAACCUGGCGAAUGCGCUCAAGGAAAAGGGUCAAGUUGCGGACGCUGAGGAAUGUUACAACACAGCGCUACGUCUAUGCCCAUCACAUGCAGACUCACUCAACAAUCUCGCCAACAUCAAACGCGAGCAGGGAUAUAUUGAGGAAGCCACACGGUUGUAUCUGAAGGCGUUGGAGGUCUUCCCAGAGUUCGCCGCCGCACAUAGUAAUCUCGCAUCGGUGUUGCAACAGCAGGGUAAGCUAAAUGAAGCGCUCAUGCACUACAAGGAGGCGAUUCGCAUCCAGCCAACAUUCGCUGAUGCCUAUUCCAACAUGGGUAACACACUCAAGGAGAUGCAGGAUGUCGCGGGCGCUUUGCAAUGUUAUUCCAGAGCUAUUCAGAUCAAUCCGGCAUUCGCCGAUGCACACAGCAACCUGGCGAGCAUUCACAAGGAUUCCGGGAAUAUCCCCGAAGCGAUUCAGUCUUAUCGCACCGCGUUGAAGCUGAAGCCUGAUUUUCCGGACGCGUAUUGUAAUCUGGCGCAUUGCCUGCAGAUUGUCUGUGACUGGACGGACUAUGACUCUCGAAUGAAGAAGUUGGUCGCCAUUGUGGCUGAUCAGCUGGAGAAGAACCGUCUACCGUCGGUGCAUCCACAUCACUCUAUGUUGUAUCCGCUCUCACACGAAUUCCGCAAGGCAAUUGCAGCCAGGCACGCCAAUUUGUGCCUAGAGAAGAUUCACGUGUUGCACAAGCCUCCGUUUCAAUUCUCGAUGGAGAUCAAGGGUCGCUUGAAGAUCGGCUACGUUAGCAGCGACUUUGGUAAUCAUCCGACUUCACAUUUGAUGCAAUCUGUUCCAGGUUUACACGAUAGGACAAUGGUUGAAGUGUUUUGCUAUGCUUUGAGCCCCGAUGACGGAACCACAUUCCGAGCAAAAAUCGCUCGCGAAGCAGAACACUUCAUCGAUUUAUCGGCCAUUCCAUGCAACGGUAAGGCAGCGGAUCGCAUUCACGCCGACGGCAUUCACGUGCUGGUUAACAUGAACGGUUAUACUAAAGGCGCCCGAAAUGAAAUCUUUGCUUUACGGCCCGCGCCGAUACAAGUUAUGUGGCUGGGCUAUCCAGGCACGAGCGGCGCUAGUUUUAUGGACUAUCUUGUCACUGACGCUAUUACUUCGCCUCUGGAGCUUCAGGCUCAGUACAGUGAAAAGCUUGCCUAUAUGCCUUACACAUACUUUGUUGGCGAUCAUCGUCAGAUGUUCCCGCAUCUUCAGGAGCGCCUUAUUGUCGCAGAUAAGUCUGCAAACGGAGUCGCCGAUAAUGUAGCCAUAAUCAACGCCACUGACUUAUCUCCGCUUGUCGAAAGCACACAGGUAAAAGAGAUCAAAGAGGUGGUGCAAGCUCACAAACCGGUCGAGAUUAGUCUCAAAGUAGCUGAGUUGCCAACAACGACACAAAUUGAGACUAUGAUCGCUUCCGGGCAAAUUGAGACCAGCCUGAAUGGUGUUGUGGUGCAGAAUGGUUUGGCCACCACGCAGACGAAUAACAAAGCAGCGACGGGCGAGGAAGUACCGCAGAGUAUUGUCGUCACCACACGCAAACAGUAUGGCUUGCCGGAUGACGCGAUUGUGUACUGUAAUUUUAACCAGUUGUACAAAAUCGAUCCGGUGACGCUCCACAUGUGGGUGAACAUCUUGAAGGCGGUGCCCAACUCUGUGCUGUGGUUGCUACGUUUCCCUGCUGUAGGUGAGCCAAAUCUGCUGGCGACGGCGCAGCAAUUGGGCCUGCCGGCGGGCAGGAUUUUGUUUAGUAAUGUAGCGGCGAAGGAGGAGCACGUGCGACGCGGGCAGUUGGCUGACGUUUGCUUGGACACACCGCUGUGCAACGGGCACACGACUAGCAUGGACGUGCUGUGGACUGGGACUCCGGUCGUGACGCUACCGUCUGAGACUUUAGCGAGUCGGGUGGCGGCUUCGCAACUUCACACACUUGGAUCACACGAGCUGAUAGCGAGGUCGAGGAAAGAAUAUCAGGAAAUUGCGAUUAAAUUGGGCACAGACCGAGAAUAUUUGAAAGCAAUGCGACACAAGGUAUGGACAGCGCGCAUGUCAUCGCCUCUCUUUGAUUGUAAACAGUACGCGCAGGGACUGGAGACACUCUACCAGAAGAUGUUCCUGCGUUUCUCCAAGGGACUCAAACCCGAUCACAUUGACGCGAAUCAAAAGUAAUUCUCGACAUGACACACCAACUGUUGUUUCUUCUUCUACGAUUUCCUUCUUAACUCUGCAUAAGUUCAACACUUUUAUUCUUUGAUAGUAUUUUUAUUAGAAAAUGGUCGGACCUCAUGGACGGCGGCUACGCGGUUAGCAAUAGAAGAAAGAGACUAUUUGGACCAGACUUUAAUGUAUAGAAUAGAUUUAAGGAUGUCUGCGAUCCCGAAGCGAAGAUUAUGUGAGAGGUGACAUUUAUUGCUGUGCUCUAUUUAUAUUAUAUAUUAAUUAUAAUCUUAAAUGUUAUAA